AUGGCUGAGCUUCGAAAACAACUGGAACAACGGAAACAAAGAGUACUGCGAGGUCAGCAAAGACGACGGAAGACAUGCGAGGUCAGCAAAGACAACGGAAGACACCAUAACAACCGGAAGAACGUGUGCAAGGCCUAUCACCUGUACCGGGAGGGCCCGCUGCUGGGGAGCGGCGGCUUCGGCAGCGUUUACGCCGGGACCCGGCUCGCCGACGGCGUCCCGGUGGCCAUCAAGCGAGUGUCCCGGGACCGCGUCUUGGAGUGGGCGCGGCUGCACGACGGCGCCCUUGUGCCCCUGGAGCUGGUGCUGCUCUGGAUGGCGUCGUGGCCCGGCUUCCGCGGCAUCGUGCGGCUCCUGGACUGGUUCGAGCUGCCCGACGGCUUCGCGCUGGUCAUGGAGCGUCCGGAGCGCUGUCAGGACCUCUGGCACCUGCUGCACGCGGGAGGGUUCCUGCCAGAGCCCGUGGCGCGGGCGCUGUUCCGGCAGGUGCUGGGGGCCGUGCGGCACUGCACCAGCCGCGGCGUCCUGCACCGCGACAUCAAGGCCGAGAACGUGCUCGUUGACCUGGCCACCGGCGAGGCGAAGCUCAUCGACUUUGGCUGCGGCACCAUCCUGCAGGACACCUUCUACACCCAGAUGGCCGGAACGCGGGAGUACUACCCACCGGAGUGGAUCCUCUUUGGCCGCUACCAUGGCCAGCCAGCCACCAUCUGGUCCCUGGGCAUCCUGCUCUAUCAGCUGGUGUGCAGGCACCUUCCUUUCAAAAGCAGAGAGGACAUCGUCCGGGGACAGCUCUUCUUCCCGCCCCGGGUGUCUCAAGAGUGCCAGCACCUGAUCAGGUGGUGCUUAUCCAUGGACCCUGCAGACAGGCCAUCCUUGGAUGACCUUUUAGAACAUUCU